AUGGUGCGUGUUAUUAUCAAAGGUGGUGUGUGGCGUAACACUGAGGAUGAAAUUCUCAAAGCAGCGAUCAUGAAAUAUGGCAAGAACCAGUGGAGUCGCAUUGCUUCUCUCCUUCAUCGAAAAUCAGCAAAACAGUGCAAAGCUCAAAAGAAAGCAGAGCAGAUUGAGGAGACUGAAGAUCUGAACGAUGCUCGAAAACUGCGACCUGGUGAAAUAGAUCCCACUCCGGAAACAAAGCCAGCUCGACCGGAUCCCAUCGACAUGGACGAGGAUGAGCUCGAAAUGCUUUCAGAAGCACGUGCAAGGCUGGCUAAUACACAAGGCAAAAAAGCAAAACGAAAGGCCCGCGAGAAGCAGCUUUCGGAAGCACGCCGGCUUGCCUCGUUACAGAAACGACGUGAACUGCGUGCUGCUGGCAUUCAGUGGGGACAGCACAAAUUCCAGCGCAGACAUCCAACCCAUAUCGAUUACAACGCUGAGCAAACUCGUGGUGAGAUUGAAGGUACUCGACGUGACGAUAUUGAAAACGAGGAGCGUAAAAAGGAUCGCGAGAAACUGAAAAAACGAAGAGCCGAAGGUAAUCCGGAGUCAAUUUUUGAGCAGAAAGCGGAGAAAAAGCGUUCGAAGCUGAUUUUACCAACACCGCAAAUCUCGGAUAAGGAAAUGGAAGAAAUCAUCAAAAUCGGCAAAGCAACGGAUACAGUUCGUGAAUUCAUCGACAAUAAUCCCACCAGCACACUCCUUCAUGAUUAUCAGUCAUCGAUACGGGAAAGUGGGGCAAGAACAAUGCGUACACCGUCGGUUUAUGCCGAUGCUCUUCAAAAGGUAACCUGA